GCCCAGUCUUUUACCUUUCCCCGCUAUAUAAACGGUCUCUUGAAGCGCACCCACCCCACUCACAGUAGUAGUUGUUCAAAGCAGCAGCAGCAGCAACAACAACGACGACGACGCAAACACACAGCACAAGAAAUUGUCGAUGGAUUCAGACUAUGGUAUUCCCAGAGAACUCUCUGACCUCCAAAAAAUCCGAUCUCACUACGAACCUGAAAUCCCUCCUUGUCUCCAGGGAACUACUGUCAGGGUUGAAUUUGGUGAUACAACCACAGCGGUAGACCCCAAUGAUUUCCACAUCAUAAGCCGAUAUUUCCCACACACUUAUGGUCAGCCUUUGGCUCACUUUCUCAGGAAAACUGCAAAAGUCUCAGAUGCUCAGAUUAUCACUGAGCAUCCGGCUAAGAGGGUGGGAAUAGUCUUUUGUGGGAGACAAUCUCCUGGAGGACAUAAUGUUAUUUGGGGUCUUCACAAUGCUCUUAAAAUUCACAACCCCAAUAGUACUUUACUCGGAUUUCUAGGUGGUUCAGAAGGUUUAUUUGCAAAGAAAACUCUUGAGAUAACAGAAGACAUUCUUUCAACCUACAAAAAUCAAGGUGGUUAUGAUUUGCUGGGACGGACAAAAGAUCAAAUUAGAACAACCGAGCAAGUUAAUGCUGCCCUAAAUACGUGCAAAGAUUUGAAAUUGGAUGGCCUUGUCAUUAUUGGAGGGGUGACAUCAAACACAGAUGCUGCUCAGCUUGCAGAAACAUUUGCUGAAGCAAAAUGCACAACAAAGGUGGUUGGUGUACCUGUUACUCUGAAUGGAGAUCUUAAGAACCAGUUCUUGGAAACUAAUGUUGGUUUUGAUACAAUAUGUAAGGUCAAUUCCCAGCUCAUCAGCAAUGUUUGCACUGAUGCACUCUCCGCAGAGAAGUAUUAUUAUUUUAUCCGACUUAUGGGUCGGAAGGCAUCACAUGUUGCUUUGGAGUGCACUCUCCAGUCCCAUCCCAAUUUGGUAAUUCUUGGGGAGGAGGUGGCUGCAUUAAAGCUUACACUUUUUGAUAUCACAAAACAAAUUUGUGAUGCAGUUCAAGCCAGGGCAGGACAAGACAAGAACCAUGGAGUCAUCUUAUUACCAGAAGGGCUUAUAGAAAGCAUUCCUGAAGUUUAUGCCCUUUUGAAGGAAAUUCAUAAUUUGCUCAGGCAAGGUGUUUCUUCUGAUAACAUUUCUUCUCAACUUUCACCCUGGGCAUCUGCUUUGUUUGAAUUUUUGCCACCCUUUAUUAAGAAACAGCUGCUCCUUUACCCUGAAUCAGAUGACUCUGCACAAUUGUCACAGAUUGAGACAGAAAAACUUUUUGCACAUCUUGUGGAGACUGAAAUGAACAAGCGCCUGAAAGAAGGCACAUACAAAGGGAAGAAGUUUAAUGCUAUCUGCCACUUUUUCGGUUAUCAGGCUCGGGGAUCACUACCAUCAAAAUUUGAUUGUGACUAUGCCUAUGUUCUUGGCCAUAUCUGCUACCAUAUUUUAGCAGCUGGUUUGAAUGGUUACAUGGCAACUGUAACCAACCUGAAGAAUCCAGUGAACAAAUGGCGUUGUGGUGCUGCUCCAAUUACAGCAAUGAUGACUGUGAAGCAUUGGUCUCAAAAUCCAGGUGCCACAUCGAUAGGAAAACCUGCCAUUCAUCCAGCUACUGUUGACUUGAGAGGCAAAGCAUAUGAUCUGUUGAGGCAAAAUGCAGCAAAAUUUUUGAUGGAUGACCUCUACAGAAAUCCAGGACCCCUUCAGUUUGAUGGUCCUGGUGCUGAUUCUAAGGCUCUAUCUCUGUGUGUUGAAGACCAGGAUUAUAUGGGCCGCAUCAAGAAACUGCAGGAAUAUCUUGACCAGGUGCGCACCAUCGUAAAGCCAGGGUGUUCACAGGAUGUUCUGAAAGCAGCUUUGAGCGUCAUGGCUUCCGUGACAGACGUUCUCUCAGUGAUGGCUUCACCUACAUCCAACUUAUCCCUCUAAACGUUGUUAUUAUCAUUCUGGUUCUGAUGACCAUGGUACCUAAAUUCCAAAAUAAUUGUCAUCUUCCUUCCUACCCCCAAGAUAUUUAUCAUGAAAUUGUAGGUGCAGAACUGAGUUUCAUUUUUUGACGUCACUUCUUUUCUUUUUCUUUUUUUUGUGCAAGAUAAUUGAGGAUUGUAUUGCAAGUUAUGGAAGAGAUGAAAUUUUGUUUAUGUUAUGAUAGAAAGGUAGGUUAUGUUUUC